UGAGUGGAGCAGCGCCCGGGAGUUUACUACAAACAGUUCAGCUGAGGGCAACUCUCAGAUAGCUCGUUGUUUCAAUGUAUUCUCCAGUGGAAAUGUUUCCAACGUUGCAUCUGCUGUGGGCUCUGCUGCUUCAAGUAACAGGUACCUUGGCUCUUCCUGACCUCAAUCAAAGUCCAGUGUCCGACCCAGUAUCUGCCGGUCAGACCGUCCAGUUGAAUUGUGCGAUGCAGAACAGUAAGGUGGGCAGCCACGAGAUGUAUUGGUACCGACAGAGUCCCGGAGAAGCCCCAGUGUGGGUGGUUGAGCAUGAAACCGAUAAUGAUAUAUUCAGAGGGACCGGCUUCACUGACCGUUUCCAACCUUCUCGAGACUCCUCCAGCAACAGUUACAUCCUAACCAUCAGAAACCUGGUGUCGAGUGACUCCGCCGUCUAUUACUGUGCUGUGUGGGAUAGCUCAGCUGGAAUCAUCUACGGAGGUGGAACCGCCCUGACUGUUCAGAGUAAUGAUGAUCAGAAACCAUCUGUCCUUCUGCUCCCACCUUCCCCGGAACAAAUAGACACGGGAUCAGCCACUCUGUCCUGUCUGGUGAGUCGCUUUAAGCCGGGCCUUGUGCAGGUCCGCUGGAGUGUAGAUGGAAAAGAGACAGACAGUGGGGUGACCACAAGCGCUGUGUCCCCAGACAGUGAUCAAAGCUACAGCCUGAGCAGUUACCUGACAGUCCCGGCCACUGACUGGAAGAAAGGCUCCAGAUAUUCCUGCAGUGUGAGGCAUGGUUCACUGAACUCGCCUCUCGUUAACACCAUCACCUCGAGUGACUAUCCGCUCUGAGGUAUACAAUGUCACGGGCUAAUCAUUAUUUAUGUUUUGCCGUGUGAUUUCCACAGCAGUGUCAGUAUUUGGUGAGCAACCUGAAUAUUGAAGGGUUUCAGGACUGGGUGAAAUGAUUGUUUCUUUUGAUGAUUGGGGAUUUCCCGCUGCAAUUGUCCCCAGCAUUUGUGUAUACACUCUAGUUCUGGAUAGAGUGGGGAGCAAUCUCCCUUUUUAGUCAAUGACCAUGUUGCAUUUGUGAACUUUGUGUAAACACAGCUCUGAAUAAACAUGAAGUGGUUACACGAAA